UGGAGGGCAGCAAAUGUUUUUCAAGUGAACUCGUCUAAAAAUUUUGCUAUUUUUGACAACUUGCCUCACAUUUGUGUGGAAUUUCAAUUGAUAUUUAAGCAAUUUUUAGUUGUAAUAAUUAUGGAUUUACUUGGAUCGAUACUUGACUCCAUGGAUAAACCUCCUACAGUCAGUGACAAGCAGAAGGCGUUGAUAAAGAAGCAACGAGAGGAACACGAGAAACGACAGAAAGCAGAGGCUGACAGGCUAAAACAGUUCCGCGAGCAGGUUGAACAGAAGAUUAAUAAAUUCCUCAAGGAUGAGAAACUCAAGGAGUAUAAAUUUGCCCCGAUGGAAAAGGUUCACAGGACAAUUGUACAUGAUGUUGCUGAAGUCGCCAGCGUGUGGGCCUACUCCUUCGGUGAAGAGGGCAUCGACAGACACAUAAUGAUCUUCAAAAGAGAGUAUGCCCCCUCAGAAGACCAAUUGAACGCUCUUCGCAGAGGUGAGGAAUGGAAUGAUGAGAUUGCCAAAAAAUUACAAAUUAAUAGAGAGCGACAAGCCAAGGAGGACGCUGAAUACGCUAAAAAUCGUAAACGAAACAAUGAUUUCGUACCAAAUUCCAAUUACAAAGACAAAUAUCAACACUUGAUUGGCAAAGAGUCAGCACUUGAGGCUGCGAGGAAGACUAAAUCUAGUAGUAGUUAUGGUGUUGUUCCUAGUGAGAAUAAAAAAGAUCAGCGAAGUAUAGAGCAGACGUUAGCCGAUAUUAGAGCCAAAAAAAGAAGAAUCGAAGCUGAGAACAAGCAGACAGAGACAAAAGGAGAGCACGACUAAAACCUCGUAAAAAAUAUUUGUCAAUUAUUUUUGGAAAAUAAUUAAACAAUUGUACAUAUUUUGUCAAGUCACACGAGAUGUGAAAUCCCUCCUCCCUCCGAGAUUAUUGAUAAACAUAAUUAAUUGAUUAAAUAGAGAAUUUUAUUGUUCAAUAUUAUUUACAAGUGAGUUAUAGUAUAUUACAAAUGGAAUAAUCACAAGUAUUCAGUGGUUGAAUAUUUUUGAACUGAGGUUCUCGGCGCUGGUUUUGGUUUACUAGCAGGCACUGGAUCGAAUACAAUUUGUUGUUUGAGCUCGAUAAACUUGUUGAAUUUUUGCCCUGUUGUACUAUUGUAGAGCUCCAAACCUCGUUCGAUAAUUACAUCACGAACGUAGACUGCAUUAUCUUGGACUAAUUUUCUCUGCGAAAUAUAUUUUUUUGUAUUUACUUUUGGAAAUUAAUCAAUUGCAAAAAAUACCGUAGUCCUUAAUUACAAAGAAUUACAAAGAACAAAUAACACUGAAGAAUAUUAAUUGUAAAUCAAGGAAUAAAGAAAAAAAUUGUCAAAAAAA